GUUAAUAACUUACGAGACAAUUGCAUCUAAAUUUGAAGACAACUUUUACCACACAAUAUCUUCACUGACCGUUGAACAGCAAUAAUGGGUGAUAUCGUUGAACAAAUCGUCUGUAAGACUAGUGAUCUACAAAACAAUGAGAAACGGGUAUUUGAUUUGGCAGAAGACGGCGGCAAAGUAUUGGUGAUCAAACAGGACGACAAGUUUAUGGCUAUCGGACACAAGUGCAGCCAUUAUGGGGCACCUCUGGUCAAUGGUGUAUUAUGUGGCCAUCAGCUAUCGUGUCCGUGGCACGCCGCAACUUUCAACAUAAUUACCGGCGAUAUUGAAGACUUUCCCGGCUGUGAUAGUUUACCCGUACACGAGGUCAUUGUUAAAGGUGAUAAUGUGAUGGUCAGAGCCAAGAAAGCCGAUCUGAAACAAAGUUUUCGUGUCAAGUCGUUAAGCCCUAAAAAUGACAAUAAUGUUUUGACAUUUGUGAUCGUCGGCGGCGGACCGGCCGGUUUGCAAUGCGCCGAAACACUGAGACAGGAAGGCUUUACCGGCAGAGUUGUCUUGAUCUCCAGUGAGGACAGCUAUCCAUAUGAUAGGACCAAAUUGAGUAAAACUUUAACAUCUAAAGUCAAAGACUUGCUUCUCCGGUCUGAAGACUUCUUAAACAAAGCAAAUAUCGAAGUGAUUUUGAAUGCAACGGUUGAGAAGUUGAACACCAAAGAGAAAUCGAUUCAAUUAGAUAAUGGAUCAGUUGUUAACUUUGACAGAAUAUUCUUGGGUACCGGUGUUAGACCAAAAACAUAUGACGCGAAGGGAAACAAUUUGAAAAACAUUUGCUAUCUUCGGACUCAUUUGGACGCCAACUUUAUUGCCGAAAAUGGCCCCAAUAAGGAUGUAGUGAUUAUUGGCACUUCUUUUAUCGGUAUGGAAGUGGCAGCCUAUCUCAAUGGCAAAGCAAAAUCGUUGUCAAUAAUCGGUAAAAGCAAAUAUCCGUUUGCCUUGACAUUAGGCCAACAAAUUGGUGAACAAUUUCGCAAACUAUACGAAUCAAAGGGCAUAAAAUUCUACACAGAAUGCGGUGUCAAAGAGUUCUGUGGCGAUAACGACAACCAACUGAAGACUAUUAUUCUUACCAACGAUGAAGUUCUUAACGCAGAUCUUUGUGUGAUUGGAAUUGGUGGUGAACCAAAUACCGAUUAUCUGAAGGGAACGGACAUCAAAAUGGAUAAGUCGUAUAUAUUGGUCGACAAAAAUUUUGAAACUUCCGAAAAGAAUGUGUUCGCCGGCGGCGAUGUUGUUCGCUAUGAGCUGUCAAUUGUUAACCAAAGUAUUGUCAAUGUUGGCCACUGGCAGACUGCACAAUCUCACGGUAAGAGCGCAGCACUCAGUAUGUUAGUCAAGACAUCGGAUCUAAAAUCGGUACCAUUUUUCUGGUCAAUGAUGUUCGGCAAAGGACUACGAUUUGCAGGAAAUAACGAGGGAUUCAAAGAUAUCAUAAUAGACGGCAAUGUUGAAGAGUUUAAGUUUAUUGCCUAUUAUAUUGAUAAUGCCGAAAAUGUGGUCGCAGUGGCCACAAUAGCCAACGACCCGAUAGCCACUUUGUUUACAGCUUUCCUUAGAAGUGGAAAGACAUUGACGGCUAAGGAAAUAAAAUCUGAUCCGAAAGCGUGGAUCAAGUCGAUGAGUGGACAACCAAAAUAAUAUGAUGAUUAUUAUUAGUGUUAUUAUUACCGAUACUACCGUAGAAAUAAUCAUAUGACAACAUUAUUAUUUUUUUUUAAAUUGAUCACUAAUUCACAAUAAAUUUUUUUUGAUAGCAUUUUAAU